CUAAGUAUGCUAUGAAAAACCUUGUUCUAACAAUGUAAAGUAGAUCCACACAUUUUAAAUAUUUUUCAUUGCGCGUUCUUGUUCCUCUUUUGUAUACUAUUUCGAUAAAUUUGGUGAAAAUAAACAAAAUUUGAUGAUGAGUGAAGAAAUAAUUGGAGAGAAAACUUCCUUAUCAAGCCUUAUCUACCCGAAGCGCAUACCAAAUAUUAAGUUUGGUCCUAUAAAAGACGAAAUGGGCUUCACACUCAGCGAAAGAUUGGCCCUCAGACAGGCGUGGAACUUGAUCAGACCCUUUAAGCGGCGCUACGGUCAGGACGUAUUCUACAGCUUCUUAAAUGAUUACUAUUGGGGUAUUACAAAGUUCGUGAACGGAGCUGAGCUCAACCUGAAAGCCCUGCACUCACAUGCCUUGCGAUUUAUCAACUUUUUUGGACUUCUAAUCGAGGAGAAAGAUCCAGUAGUGUUCCAGCUGAUGAUAAAUGAGAACAACCACACCCACAGUCGCUGCAAAGUGGGCUCCGUUUCUAUUGGGCACCUGGCCCAGGCCCUGGUGGACUAUGUGCUCAAGGUGUUCCACAAGGUCAGCUCCCCGUCACUGGAACAGGGCUUGGACAAACUCGUGGAGAAGUUCCAGAACUACCAGGACCAUCAGUCGAUUACCUCCGCAUACAAUCGCCCGAGUAAGGCGAACUCUGAUGCCCGACCUCCCAGAGGAAACCCAGUGGAAGCCCAGGGCAUGAAUCGGAAUUAUAUCGGGCUACGUAACUCAGCCGCGGACGCUGUCUCUGCCACCGCGAUAUCAGGCUUCUAG